AGAGUGAACGACAGUGAUCCGUUCUGGAACCAUAGCUGGGAUGAGUACAAAAAUGGCUUUGGAAAAGUGGGAUCGAACACCACAUUCUGGUUGGGUAACGAGCUUCUUCAUCAGCUCACUUACAAGGAUCCCAAAGUGACUCUGAGAGUGGAAAUGAGAGGCGACAGAACAAAGAACUCGAAAAAUCCCAAAGGAUUCUGGUGGAAUCACUAUUUCAAAUUCCGGGUUGGAUCAGAAGCAACCGACUAUACGCUUGAGAGACUUCACGUGGAUAAGCGAAAGAUUCAAGGUAACGCGUCGACAGGAUGGUAUGACAUGACGCGCUCCGUUGGAGCGAAAUUCUCAACCGUUGACAAGAUCAAUGACCCAAGACCUGAUUGCGUUACG